GAAAAUAAACAUUAUUUUUAUCAUUAAGAUUUAUCUAAAAUAAAUUAAAAACAUCACUCCCAAACAUGUGUCACACAUAUUGUCGGCGGGAAUAUUUGUCAAUCCAACAAUGACUAAAUUGAUCAAACAUUAGAGGCUAAUAAGCGUCAUUCUUUGAUCAUCACCAUGGCCAAAUCCUUCCCAAAAUCCAACCUUUCCAUCUUCUUCUUCAUAUCUCUCUUUUUUUCAAAUUUCAUCCCCUUUGCAGAUUCCCACCAUGAAUUCUCAACAAUCCUCUCAAAGGAAUCAAUGGGACUUAAAAGAGAAAAGCUAAGCCACCUCCGCUUCUUCUUCCACGACAUCGUCGCCGGCGAAAACCCCACCGCCGUCAAGGUAGCCCAGGCCGCCGCCACCAACAGAUCCGCCACCGGGUUCGGGAUGAUGGCCGUGGUCGACGACCCACUGACCGCCGGCCCGAACCUCUCGUCCAGGCUCGUCGGGCGGGCGCAAGGGGUGUACGCGUCGGCCGCCGUCGACGAGGUCGGAUUGUUGAUGGUUCUCAACUUCGCGUUUGUGGGUGGGAAGUACCGCGGAAGCUGCCUGAGUGUGCUGGGAAGAAACGCCGUGUCCUCCGCCGUGAGGGAGAUGCCGAUUGUCGGCGGGACUGGACUUUUCCGGUUCGCUCGCGGCUAUGCUCUGGCGAAGACUCGCAUUUAUGAUCCCACCACCGGAAACGCCGUCGUGGAGUACAAUGUUUACGUUUUGCAUUAUUAAUUAUUACCCCCUCCGUCCUAUAAUGUACGAAGUUUGACCGACUUUAUUUUUAAUUCAAUUUAUUUGAUUGUAGGUGUAAAUUAAAAAAUAAAAUUUAUAUAUUUAAAAACUACAUCAAAAGUUCUACAAAACAAGUGGUGACAAGACUAUAUUAUUUUAUCAAAUAUCUAAUGAAAAUAGGUAAAGAAA